AAAACCGGAAACACAAAACUGAAAAACACUUACCAAUAGUUGAAAACUGUUUUCUGUUUUUGAAUUUUGAAAAAGAAAAAUGUAACCCAUCACUUGUUUGGCACCUGUUUUCUGUUUUCUGUUCAGUUUUACCCCUUAUAAAUCACCCAUAUUAAAGCAAAGGAAACCCUAUUCACUUGGUGUCGAAGCUUACUCUCAGUCGUCAAAAAGGGUCAUUGGUGGAUCUGAAGUGAUUUCUGAACUUCAAGCCGUAUAAGAUGGCACAUGAAUUGAAUGAGGCGGAAGACCUCAAACUAUGGCCUCCCGCAAUUGAAAAGUUGUUUUUAGAUAUUAUGAUCGAAGAACAAGUGAAAGGGAACAUGAAAACUGGUGUUUUUAAGAAGAGAACUUGGACGAAAAUUCGAAAUGAACUCAAUGCACGAGCUAAUCGGUGCAUUGGCAUGCAACAACUUGAGACAAAAUUUAAUAGGCUCAGAACAAAACACGAGACCAUUUUUCAAGAUUUACGAAAUUCUGGAAUGGGUUGGGAUUUUAAGACAAACACAGUUAUUGCCAGUGAUGAAGUUUGGGCGGAUGUACUUGCGGCAAAUCCUAAGGCCAAGGACUUUUGGAAAAAAAGAUGUGAACACUAUCAUUUGCUAAGAAUACUGUUCAACAAAGUUACUGCCACCGGUAUCCUCCAAAUUUCCUCCAACCAAGCAGCUCCAAAUAGUGAUGAAGAGCGUGAGCUAGAUAAGAAGUUUCGCAAUGCUGGAUUACAUGCUGACCUGGAUGAUGAUAGUGAUGACAACACAAACAAUGUCCCAAGGGGUCAUGAGCACACCACACGUGGUGAGAAGCGUCCAAUGCAACAAGAAUGGUCUAAGGGGAAGAAGACUGCUAAGAAAAUGGAUGAACUUAGUGAGUUUGCACAGGGACUCCGGGACUAUACUGAACUAUGUAGGGCAAGGUUUCAAGCUAGGCAGGCUAAGGCAAGCGCUAAGAAAUUUAGUAAAUCUGUCACCAUUGAUGAUAAAUUCUCUCUUGAGAAAGCUUUGGGGAUGCUCAAUGAGUACACAGACCUGGAUAAUGAUACCUAUUUUAAGGUACUUGAUGAACUCUGUAAUUUGAAUAGUAGAAUUGUCUUCAUCACCACGGCAGAUAAGAGGAAGAAAGCAUGGAUGGAGUUUAUUGCAAAAGGAAUCUGAUCGACUUGUGGUUGUCCUUUCAUUUAUGUGUAAUAGCUAACUAUUAUGAUUUGGCUGCAAUUUCUGAUGGGGAAGUAUUUGAAAGUUGAAGCCUUUUGAGAUAUUUGUAUGCUUCACUCUAUUAUAUAUAGUCACUAUGAUUAAAGGUUAAUGCGGACUAGUAUUUUGUCUAGGAGUGAUUAUAUGAAUGAAUUUCACUUUGGAAUCUAGCGUGGUGUUAUGACAG